AUUUUGUCCACACGUACGUACCUCAAGUUGGAUUUCUCGUGUGCGAGCCUGCUGGUGUGUGAAGUCCAAGACACUCUUUGGUGCAGUGUUGCUGUUUAUAGUUCAUUUGAGUUUAUAAGUUAACUCAGACUAGCACUUCUGACUUCUCAAGUAAUUUCUCAAUCGAGUAAGCUCUGGUCUCCUCCUGAGUCGGUCCUUUAACUGAAGUCCAUCAUGUACCCGGCAGGCAUGAUCUUGUUACUAUUGUCAUUGGUUGUACAGUCUUCAUUACAAUAUCAAGUAAAACCAUUCACCUCAUUAAUCAAUGGGAUAACCUGCAUCAGCGAUCCCUGCAAACUGUAUGAUGAUGUAACUAAUGAAGGACUGGCCUUUAAUCCUGAUAAAUUCGUUGGUAACAGAUUUGAAAUCACUCCCUCCUUCGAUCAUAUACCUUUCAAUUACUUCUUCAAUCGCAUGGAUAUAUAUUACUACAGUAAUCCAUCCUUAGGAUAUGGACUACCUCAUAUAUGGAUGUAUAUAUACUAUCCUACUCCUAAACAUGGCGUCCAUUUGACAUUCAUUAAUAAUUAUAAAGUAUCCCAAUCUGAUGAUGACACUAUAAUGCUUUCAAUGAUUGUCCUCAAUGCCAAACCUUAUAAUAAUACUGCCAAAGAGAUUCCUUUACUUGAAUUGUUCUCUCCCACUACAUCAGAUUUUGCAACUCAGAAAACUUUUAUCAGUGAAAUUAAGUUCUUCAUAGAUACAGAACCUAUUUCUUUUUCUGCUCUUCCUAUUGUAUUCAUGUCUCCUAAUCAAACACUGGAGCCUGAUACAGUACAGCCAUCUCUUAACUUAUCCUGUACAGUUGUUAAUAAUGGAACCUUUCAUUGGACUUGGAGUGGCCCUGGAGUUAGUAUUAGUAACGGAGUAAUGAAAUUAGCAGAUACCACAAGGACUAGUAUAUUAAUGUUAUCUAAUGUCAGUGCUGCUGAUGCUGGGGAUUAUACCUGUUCUGCCUCUUAUCUGGCGAUGGGUAAUAAUUCAUGGGGUGUUAUAAACCCCAACACAAAUACAAGUAAAAUCAGUUUGACACUUUUCAGUAGUGUAUCAGCAACAGCUAAUACUGUGAUUAUUGAAGAAGGCAAAGAUGUCACACUAUCAUGUAUCUUCACUGGAUACCUACCAAUUAAUUAUGAAAUUUCUUGGACGGACAGCAGAGGCAUGAAAUCAUCUGAUGGUAUUAUUGCUAAUGGCGACAACACUCAGUUUAUGUCUCAACGUGGCAGUCCUUCUACUAGUCCAGCUGUACAGAGCAACCUCACUAUAGCUUCAGUUAAAGAGACUGACAGUGGUCUCUAUACUUGUACUAUGAGUGGUACUGGAUCAAGGGACACUAUACUGCUUAUUGUAUUCAGACUGGUUACACAAAUAGAACUGGAACCCUGGAAUAUUAACCGAAAGGCUCGGUCUUAAGUGCCUAAAACAGUCCAUAAAUUGAUGUAUUUUGUUGAAAUUUGUAAAAUUAGAUCUACAAUUUCAUUAGUGAUGGGCAAUUCCGAGUCUGUAGUAUCAGAUUAACAAAA